UUUGUCAAACAAACGAACAAGUGCCGAUCGAUUUUAUAUUGAUUUGUAAUUGUUAUAAAUAUUUUCUGUGUUUUCUGAAUAAAAUUAACAAGUUAAAAUGGUUCUAUCCAAUUCUGUCGUUCCAUUACUUGGAUUAUAUUUUUUAUUUACGACAUUCACCACAGUUAAUUCAAUAAACUGUUAUCAGUGUUCGGGAACAGAUUCGGCGAAUCCGUUCGAAUGUACAGAGUUUCUAGACAGUGAUAAUGCUUUAGUUCCUACGAAUUGCUCGUCAAUACAUGAUGCCCAAUAUUGUAUCAAACACGUGGGGCGAUAUGAAGUUGUAGCAAUAGAGUGCUUCCAAUGCAACUCUUCAGACACUAUGGAAUGUGGUGAUGAGCUAAUGAAGCUUGACGGAGGGGUCAUAAAACCCACACCCUGUGAGCAUGUGUACAACGCUCAGUACUGCAUAAAACAUACAGGUGGUAUAAGCACAAAGCGAUAUUGUUCAUCACUAGAUCUCGGAAACUAUUGCAACUACGUACAACAACCAGGAGAUAAAUUGGAAUACAGAACAUGUAUUUACACUUGCAGCACUGAUGGAUGCAAUUCUGCAUCUAGUUUAAGUAUAUCGGCCAUUAUUUUAUUAUCUGGCCUUUUCUUGCUGAAGUUCGCCUUAUAAAUGCAAAAUAUUAAUAAUAGGAAUGAGUGACGUUAAACAUCUCCUGUAUAACUCCGCGCCACUGAACUAGUCCGCGGCCAAGGGGCGCUGGCGUCGCAGUUUUUUUGCCAAAUCUGCAUAGAAUUAAUGUGACUUGUCAAUUACUUCCAUUAAAAUCUGCGGGACUUUGUGACGCCUACUCUACAUCAAUAAUAUUGAUCUAAUAAGACUUUGAACCAUACGAUACAUAGCAAUUGGGCUAUCAAUACUAUUUUUUAUAUUUAUAGAAGUCCGUCCAUUUUACUAUGAACAGAAUGUGUGCCUUUGAUGUUUUGUCGUGUUUUCCUUGUAUAUUUGAACUGAUAGAUUAAGACAUUCCAUUGCAGCCGUCCAUUGAUAUUUUUUUUACAUUUAUAAUAUCAUUUGUGUUUAUUUUUACAGUAUUAACAUAGAAAAAUAGGUAUAGGAAUCCUUUUUGAAGACAAAUCUAUUCCUAUUAUUUAUGAAUCUCAUAGUCAUGACCCCCAGUAAGAUUUUUUCAUACUUACUUAUUUAUUUUUACAUGGUGAUUAUGUUGUGUUUUAUCUUAGUUUCGACUGUCCCUAUUGUAAUGUACAAUUUAAUAGUUUUAUACAUCACAAUAAAAUAUUUUAUAAAA